AUGGAGCAGAGGCAUGGUAUGAGCUUAUGGUUGGAAGCACUUGACAGCAUAGAAUUGAUUGUAUAUCCUUAUCUACAAGAUUCAUCGACACAAACACGAAGGCACAUGAGGCACCGACUCUGGUCUUACUUGAAGCUACUUAUGCUGGAUGGCAUGGAUGAUUCUAUAAUGGAGCAGGGACGAAAACACGGUACACUGCAAGAUACCACUAACGCGAGGCAGCUCGAAGGCCAUUGGCAACGUUCUCCAUUCCAAGCGUUCUUGAUUCCAAAGCAACAACAACAACAAACUGCGCGAUUCCAACGCGACUCUAUUGCCAUGGCAACACAGCUAGAUCCACCUUCGAGGAGCACCAACACGGCAGCCCAUUUCAAAGGCGUUCCACUGAUCAACCAAUGUCCAUUAGCUCUCGAUCAAGCUCCCAAUCGUCCAACACGACGAGCUUCAUAG